UUUAAAGAAAUUGGAUAAUAUUCUUUUCUAUUUUAUUCAAAUAUUUUACUUUAUUUUCAAUCGUAGAACAUAAAGUCGGAAAAAUUAAUACGUUCUGCUGUUGCAUUUUCCUCGCAGUUGCUGGGGAGAUUUUAGCAUUCCAGACGUUUAAAUGAUAUUUUCAGGAGCACCAAUUUCAGAUCUUGUCUUAUGGUCUGUUUUGUUGUUCAUCUCUCCCUCGGUAUAGACACGUAAUAAGUCCUGUAUCUGUUUUAACAAUAUUUUUAAAAAUGGCGAGGUUCAACUCCGCUCUCGUACUUGGCACUAUUGUCUCAUCAGUAUUGCGAAUAUCAGCUUCCAUACUCGAAGCUAAUCAUAUCCUUUUGUCAAGAGAAGCGGACUAUACCUACCUAGGCUGUUACAAUGACGGAGAUGGCCUCAUUGGCACCAACAACGUCGAUGGCAUUCGAAUGUUCCUAGUCUUCUACGACAACAAUUAUUCUCAAACGACCGAUUCAUGCGCCGCAAUGUGUGUCGGAUAUCAGUAUUUUGGUACUCAGUAUGGUUACCAAUGCGGCUGCGGUGAUGCUAUACCAUCAGCCGUGGCAGCUAAUGAUGAUUGCACCGUGCCAUGUGCGGGCGAUUCAACUGAGACUUGUGGUGGUGGUUGGCAAUAUAGUAUCUACGAAUUCUCGAUUGCCUCUUUGCCAUCCAGCUCCGAGCUGAUAUCUGUCUCCUCAACGAUGCAAGCAAUUCUUCCGAUCUCUUCGCCGUUCUUGCUGGUUACAAAGAGCACAAGGGCAGCCAUACUAAUACUUUCAUCCUCUUCGAACCCAACUAGCGGCACAACGUCUAGCCCGGUAUUUGCAACACCAUCUGCCGUUGUUGCAUCAAACACCACAACACCACAAUCAUCUUCCAAGGCAAUUCUAUCGAUACUUUCGCCUCCACCCAUCAACAACACAAACUCGCCGCCGCUGAUCUCAACCUUUGGGCCCGGGUUUGGAGCAUCAUCUCCUUCGUUCCCGAAUAUGCCUACCUCUACUUGCACAGUAUUGGGAGCCUCAAUGCCGCCGGCACAUUCACCCGGAGUCACUUUAUCCAACUUCACCAUGUCCGGUAAUGGUUUUCGGAAUUCUGAUGCUCGUGUUUUGGCUCUUGUUGCGGCGGGUAUUGCCGGUUUCGUGCUAUAGUAUCAUUAGUUGAGCAUGGAAGCUAUGGUUUUCUCUAUGGAAGGGCG